AUGGUGAAGCUGGAAAUAUGGGAGCAACGGGACCACGCUGAGUCGUCCGACAGCAGCGAAGAGGAGAUAAAGGCAAGGCGUCUGCCGCUUUUCGACCGCGUGCUACCGAAGGCGCCCGUAUCCAGGUUACCGCAGCAGGAAUCCGACACUAGUUCCGAUUCGGACACAGCCACGGAAGAUGAAGAUACCAGUGGCUCCAGCUACUUCCACAGCGUCAGCGAGAGUUCGGAUGCCGCCGAGGAGAUCGCCUCGGAGAACGCGGAAUACGACGCUGACUGGUGGCGCCUGCAGAAUGUCAGGGCCACGAGCCGAUUCUCCCCGGCUACAUACGGCGAUUGGCGCAGCCUACCGCGCGCCUGGGACAGCGUUUUCUACAUCUCCUCGAUGCACAACCUCGAGAACGCCGAGCAGAAGUUCUUCUACUGCAUCCGCGUGAAGCAUGUGAACGAGCGCAUAUCACGUGCCAGCGGGCUCGGCAACAUCAUCAUGUACACGCCGCACUUCACCCUAAGUCCGGGCGAGGACAGGAAGCUGCAGACGCCCAUGUUCAUCUGGCGGAAAAGGAGGCUCACGCUGCCGUAUGGACAGCUUGAAAACUACGUCAUCGAGAUCGAGCUUUGGAAGACACAGAUGCUGCGCAUCAACUCGUUGUACGCGACGCAGCAGCUGACCUUCCAGGAGAUUGUUGACCGUAAAACCAACUUCUCCGUCACCCUGAACAUGUACAUCCCAGAAAGGGCUGCGGCGGCCGCCGGAGGCAGCGGUGACCGGCCGGUGGCCAAAAAAAAUGCAGCGGCUCUCACCGAAUCAUCCGAGCGCCGUUUCCCGGUGCACAAGAUGACAAUGUUCCUGCUGCUGGAGGAAGUGUUCGACUUCUUUUUCGUAUUCGAGAACUGGUGGUUCACGAGGGCGCCGGAGCUGCCGAGCGCUCUCAUCGACAUGCCCAAGAUGCUGAGGAUAUCAGUGCCGUCAGGGAUGGGUAAAUCGUGGCAUACCUCAAGCACCGAAGCCUCGGAGGCUGCGUACUGGUCGUCCCCCGGCACGUUCCGUUUCCAGGGCACGCUGCGGCAGCUGCGGUACGCAUCGUUCAGGGCGAUGGUCUACUGCGUGAAGAAGAGCAAGUUCUUCACGAAGCCGCCUGCGCUGCUGGGUACGUGCGUGCUUUCGCUGCAAUCGGUGCAGGAGCUCCCGCUUGUACGAGGGGUGGUGAAGAAGUUGACGCUAGGCACGCGCAACAUGUUCAGCGGGACCAUACAGGGCAACAUUCGCUGCUGCAUGAAGAGUUGCACCGUCAGCUUCUUUGAGGACCUCAAAGUGCGGCCUGCGCAGCCGAUAUCGGGGUCAGCGCUCAUCACCCAGUUGGACCAUCGCUGCCAGUACCUGGUAGUCCGCAUCAUCAGCUGCUCCAGCCUCCCCGCCUCCAACACGGACUCGAACACCUCAGACCCGAUGGUCAAGGUAAAGUGGGACGGCAUAUUCAAUUGUACCGGGGUGGUGGAGUCCACAGUCUCGCCAAUAUACAACCAGAACAUGUACUUCCCCAUCCACCUGGUCGACAUGCGGGAACUCACCGACCCCGCGCUGAUUAAACACAGCCUGCCGGUGGAUUUGUCUUCGAAGGGGCCGGUCGUUGUCGAGGUGUGGGACCAUAGCGACGCCUCUAGCGAGUUCCUGGGGUCGGCGGAGGUGCCGCUUUCCAGGAUUUACACGAACGGUGUGCUGCAGCGACGGAGCCUUGCGGACGGUAUUUUCACCUCUGCUGGUUAUGAAGUCGACGAAUCUGGGUCAGAUGAGUCGGAUUACGAUAACAAUAUCGCGUGCACCGAUGACGGAGCAUCGAAUGCGGUCUAUACGCCGCACGUCACGCGGCUGUAUGAGGGCACGCUGCCGCUGGUGGGAUCCACCGUGGACCACCGGCGCAAGAAGCCGCUGGUAUCGCUUGAAAUGUACAUUUUGCCCCCGAUGCCCAACGACUUGUACAUACCGGAUGACCAGAAGAAGCUGAAACGCAGGGACAUUUACCGGAACCUAAGCCUGCGAUGGACUCGGGAAUUCGACUCGUGGCAAGGCGUGUACUGCGACAGGUUCCCGGGCGCCAUCGCACGUCGCAGGUUCACGUGCGUCACGUCCGACGCGCUCAACAUGCACGAAAGCUUGCAGUCUGACCUGGUGCCGCUGUGCUAUUUCGUGAAGCCCAUCCAGAUGUACAUCCAGCUGUCGCCACCCGGGGAGCUCAUGCACUGGAUAUCGAACUUCACCUACAAAAACGACGGCACGGCCACGAUCGGCGGCUGUGUGCAGAUAGAGACCUGGCAAAUGCCCUCGCGGUUCGUGCUCACCCGGAAGGGCGGCCUGCAUGAUCGAGCCCUGCUGCUCUGCAGCUGCCUGCUCGGACUAGGAUACGACGCGUACGUCUGCAAGGGAACGCUCGAAGGCGGGAACCGAGAGCAUUGCUGGGUAAUGACCAGGCACUCCGGCGGUACCGUCACCUUCUGGGAAACCGCAAACAAACGCAUGUGGCACAUGCCCAUGCGCUGGCAGAGAAGCAGGACCGUGGACGAAGCUAAGCCGGCCGACGUCAUGGAACACAGCGGGAACUACGUCAACAUCCAAACAUCGCAACAACGCCCCUUUGAAGCGCCUCAGUGGAGCAGAGGAACAUCGCAGAAGCCAACCCGCAGGCUCAUGAAUUACGAAUUGUACGGCAACGACUACAUGGCGGACGUCAAGGUGGACCUUCACAGGAUGAUGAACUCUAACGAGAUGCUGCCGGAUGGCUCCUCUGCGUUGCCCGUGGGAACGGGGUUCAUAUAUGAUACAACUGCAAGGAAUGUGUCAUCGCGGCGCCAACGAAGCAUACACCCGAAGAAGGAGCUGCUCGUGCCGGGAUCCACACUGGUGUUUCUGCCGUACUCGUCUAUAGAGGUCGUCUUCAACGACAAGCAGCUCUGGGGCAACGUGCAAAACCACCACCCUGCGUGCAUUACAUACGACCUGGAGGCCCCCGAGGACUGGCGGCCGUUUCUCAAGGUGCCGAUCACGGACUCAGUGAUGCCCGACGUGCAGAUCACCGCACCACCGCCGCAAAAUGUGUGCGUAUCGACGGCCAAGGAGAUCCGCGACGAUGUGGUUGAGAUGAUCGAGCUGAUGUACGCGCAACGUGGGCGCGUCGCCAACGUUGCCAGGGACCAACAGAUGGAUGAACGCCUGGAGUCCCUCAUCGAUAUCCUUGAGUUCCGCCAGCGACUGGACCCGCAGUUCGAUCCGGGCAUGCCGCCUCAUCUGCUCGGAUGGAGCACCAAGACGCCUGCGAAGACACGGAAUGCCCAAAAGUCUAAGAGCGACAAGGGUGAAGAGGUCAAGGAACAAACUCAUGCGGACGCUGAACAGAAGGCGUCACUCCCUAUCACAUUGCAGGGGCAUGUAAUGGGAGAUGCAGCGGGAAAGUGCCAGCCUGCUCGCAGCGACAUGGAAAUAGUGCAUCAGCUGGCCAAAGCUGUCAAAAAUGACGAGGGUGAUAGCGACUACUCUGACGAUACCCAGGCAUCAACCGACGACACCAUAGAUUUCAACCCUGCUACUGUGCCCGGACGUCACACGAUGGAGGGAAACACCCGUCGCGCCACCCCGUCGAAUCAGCAUCCAGCGGGGCAACAGCGCGCACCACCUGCAAGGGGGUUAAGGCUCAUAUCGAGGAUGAAGGCUCUGCUGUCGUCAGCUCCAAAGCACCAUGCAAUGGUCAUUACGGAUUCGUGUCCCAGCACCCCAAAUGCACCUGUAACACAUUGCGGGAAUGCCCAGUCCAGCUCCAAAGGCUUUAGGUUCCGCAAAACAACCAUCAAGGUCGUUGCACCAAGAAUCGACGUCGCGAGGGCGAUCUCGAAUGCGUCCGCACAUUUAGGGUAUAGCAAUAUUCAGGAAAUGUCGGACUACGAAUUCGAAGUCGAGACAGAGAACUCCAUGUCGAGCGGAGAGUCCAACACAGACGUCGAAGUGAACACCCCGAUAUCCAAUAUAGCACGUGUAACGGGGGUUAUUCCACACAAUCACCCGUUGUCGGACUACAAGCAGCGCAUCGUUUCGGCUAUUCACCUUAGGGAGCCGGUUAAGGGCAGGAAGCCACAACAGCCACCAGCACGGCCAAGACCCUUGAAAAUGCCUGGCGCAAAACAGCGUCCCGUGGCCCGACCGCAGAAAAGGCCGCGACGCGGCCUUCUCAGAAACCUUUGGCGCAGGUUCAGAGCGGAAGAUAUUCCCGACGCCCAUAAGGUGCCAGACUUCAUGGUCGACAUGAAGGAAGUGGUCAACGAGCGAAGAUUCAACGAGCAAUACAUGGAGCACCAGUACACCAUCCCGACGGAGUUCCUCAUACACGAGGACAAACAGAUCUCGAAAUGGAACUGGUACUACAAUAUGGAGGCGCGGCAGUACGCCUGGCGGAGGCACCUGCCGAUACCUCCGAACCACACCUUCAUUGGCGUCCCCAUCCGCUUCUCCACCAGCGACAUCAACGAGAUCCGGAAUUUGCUCACCUGCAGCAGCCGGUGCAUAAAAAUGCUCGUGCCAGACGUCGACCGCUGCGUGAAUGUAGUAUACGUCAAGGUGUUUCCGCUUCUGGGCGGUGUGCUAUCGACCUGGCUUUUCCUGGGCUGCCACGUUCCGUGGAACAUCCAGUAG